GGUCCGGUGAGCAGUGUGGGGGUGCUCAGAAGGGAAACUGAGGGCCCUGGGCCAUUGGGCUACAGCAGGCAUGGUGUCCCAGGUGUUGCAAUUACUCCGGCAGGGAGUGUGGGCAGCGCUCACCGGAGGUUGGUACCACGAUCCGGAGCAGAGCAAGUUCACCAAUAGCUGUCAUCUCUACCUGUGGCUGUUCCUGCUGCUGCUGCCCCUGACGCUGCACCUGGCUUUCCCUCCAAAUGCAAUCACCAUCUUCAUUUACUGCAGUUCUGUGACCAUAUUCUUCACAGUAAUAAAGCUGAUCAGUUACCGUCUGCACCUUAUGUUUGAUGAAGGAGAAGUGAUUCAGCAAAGGAGCUCCUUAAAUACUGAAAGACAGAGUAAAGAUAAAGAGGCUAAUAGUGAAAAUAUAAUUCAUCACAAGAGUCCAAGCAAUAAUAGACAGACCAAUAAUGGGAAAAUAGAAGAGGUCAAUAGAAAUCUCUCUACCCCUCCACUCCGCUGUAGCUCAAGAGGACACAGCAUAAAUUCUCAUCAUUCUUCUGGCUUAUUGGAAUUGCCAGCACAAGAGACAGUUGAAGAUCUGAAAGGUGUCAUUCUAUCAGAAGAUCAGCCUGUAGCACCAAUGUCAUCUACCUCACCAUGUAUCAAGACAGAAAAUUUACCUGUCUCUACAGCAAACAUGUCAGAUACCAUGACUACAGCAGCAAUAUUAGUGAAGCCAGUUGCCAUGGAAACAGUGAUCAAUAAUGAAACAAGAGGAAAAGAAGAAAAGGUACAGCCUCCUCACCACCACAGAUCAGAGGAUGUUUUGGUGGGCAAAGAGGUGAUGAAAAAGUUACCACAUCUCUCCUUGUCUCAAUGUGAUGUACUAGGAACUGGUAUUGCUUUACAGCCCUGGGGAAGUGAGAAUUCAGUGCUAAUCACAGAACCUUUAAGCCAGUCAAAGGGUUCCAAAGGAGAACAAUUACAAAGCAGAUCCCCUCAGGACAGCCUGAGCAGUAGCUGUCCUCAGUGUAACACUGUCAUCAACAAACAGGCAGAGGAAGAACCCGUGAACAGUUCCUGUCAGGCAGAUCAAUCUUUAAAUGAGGAAGCUGACUGUUCUGACAGUGAGGUUGCCAUCACUCUUGUUGAUAGUUCUCUCCCUGGAGACCCUUUGAGUUUGCAUGAACCCAUCAAAAUAGUUAUCACAAUGAGCAGUACUCCCAACUCCAUGACUGAAUUAGAAAGUUCUCUACAUUUGAAAGUGAAUGGCACAGAGAAAAUGGGAACAAGACCAGAUGCUCACCCAUCUGUCACAGAUGUAACCCAUCCUCAAAGCAAUGAACAGAUCAGAAUUCCUGUGAUCACCUUUGAAUUGUCAGAAGAUGGUGAAGGUAAUGCUUGUCCAGAAAUCAGUGAAAGAGAAAAGACUCCAGAGAGAUUAAUGGUGGACAUUUCUUCUAAUCCGUGCUCUGGCUAUGAAUCUGGAGAGCUGGACAACGCAGCAAAGGAAUGCAAUGUUACCCCAACUGGCGAUUUGGAAACAACUCCUCCGGUGGCAUCUAAUCUGACUUGCAAAAUGGAAGUGGACAAAGAAGGGCAAGAUAGUCUUGACCCAUCAUCUUGUAAAACAGCCCAUGAAAAAAGACAUGCCCGUGUCCUCAGUGUGGAUAGUGGGACAGAUGUUCUAUUAAGUAAAACUCCCACAGAACUCUCAAGUGAUAAGGAGAAGACAUUGCCAACUUCUAAAUCUGACCUGGAGGCUAAGGAAGGGCAAAUUCCAAAUGAAUCCAAUUUUCUAGAAUUUGUCUCCCUGUUGGAAUCUAUUAAUACAUCCAAGGUGAUGGCAUCUAAUCCAUCCAGUGGCACAACAGAGUUGAUCAAAGAAAAAGGGGUCAUUGGAGAUAACCACCCUUUGGAGAAAAAGGAAGAAAUUAUGGAAAAUGAAAAACCCAGUGAGAAUAUUUCUAAACAAGGAAAAGCAGAUGUACAAAGCCAAGACCAUACUAGUGCUAGUCCUGUGCUUACUGAACCCACCAAGAUUACUACACUUUUCCAGGGCAAUAGACAAAGACAAAUAAUCUACCGGGUUACUUCCCAGCAAGAUAGUUCUGUCUUGCAAGUUAUAAGUGGGCCUGAGACAUCUCUACAAGAUGAGAUACCUGUAGAUGCUAUGCACGUUUUCAUUGAUGAACAUGGGGAAAUUCGAUCCUGUUACUUGAAGUCUGCGAAUCAGAAGGAAGGAGAAUUACUCCGUCAGCCAUCAAAUUGUGACUGUAUUUCUAAUGCCCGUGAAAGACACUUCAGCUCCUCCAGCACCACAACUUCUGCCAGUCAAGAACCAUCUUCUGGGGAGCCAGCAUUGAGUGCCCUCCAACAGCAGCUUUUACUCAUGGUGGCUCGGAGGACCCAGUCGGAAACCCCACGGGUACACUGUAAUAUCACUGCUCCUAAUAUUCCACAUCUAAGUCAAGAUCUGGAAGAGUCUUCAUGCUCCUCAGCCCCCAAAAAAUUUAACCGAGAGCAGUUCUACAAAUUUAUCAUUUUUCCUGGCAAGUGGAUUAAAGUCUGGUAUGAUCGACUUACCUUGUUGGCACUGCUGGAUCGAACUGAGGACAUUAAGGAAAAUGUAUUUGCUGUUUUACUCAUCAUUCUGGUCUCUCUGCUUGGAUUUCUAACACUGAACCAAGGCUUCUGCAAAGACAUAUGGCUCCUGCUCUUCUGCCUCGUUAUGGCCAGUUGCCAGUAUUCCCUUUUAAAGAGUGUUCAGCCUGACCCUGCCUCACCAAUACAUGGACACAACCAAAUAAUUACAUACAGCAGACCCAUCUACUUUUGUGUUCUUUGUGGACUUAUUUUGCUUCUUGACAUUGCGGCCAAGGCCAGGCAUCCUCCCAGUUACACUGUGUAUGGCCUGAGGUUCUUCUCAUCAGGGUCCCUUCAGUUAGCAAGAGAUCACCUAAUAGUAUUCUUAUACUGCUUUCCUGCCAUUUCUCUUCUUGGCCUCUUCCCUCAGAUCAACACUUUCUGCACUUAUCUCUUAGAACAAAUUGAUAUGCUGAUUUUUGGUGGUUCUGCCGCUGCUGGCAUCCUCUCUGCAAUCUAUAGCAUCUCUCGAAGUUUUGCAGUUGCCCUUGUGCUCUAUGCAUUCUGUUUCACUGCUGUAAAGGAACCUUGGAGUACACAACACAUUCCAGCCCUGUUCUCUGCCUUCUGUGGUCUUUUGGUCGCAGUUUCCUAUCACCUUAGCAGACAAAGCAGUGAUCCAUCUGUUUUAAUGUCCUUUGUUCAAUGUAAAUUAUUUCCCCACUUUUUACACCCAAAUUUGGAAGAGGUGCCAUCAGACCCACUUCCCAAGAAGAUGAGAGACUCAGUGAAGGAGAUCCUAAAAUCAGAUCUCAUUGUCUGCACUGUGGUUGCUAUUCUUUCAUUUGCAGUGAGUGCCAGUACCGUAUUCCUGUCAUUGAGACCAUUUCUUGGCCUCAUAUUGUUUGCCCUGGCCUGUGCAGUGGGAUUUGUAACACAUUACAUGCUUCCUCAACUCCGAAAACAUCAUCCAUGGAUGUGGAUUUCACACCCUAUUCUUAAAAGCAAAGAGUAUCAUCAACGGGAAGUGAAAGAUGUUGCCCAUCUGAUGUGGUUUGAAAGACUGUACGUCUGGCUUCAGUGUUUGGAGAAAUACGUCUUGUACCCAGCAAUAAUUUUGAAUGCACUCACUAUUGAUGCAUUUUCUAUUAGCAAUUACAGGAGACUUGGUGGCCACUGUGAUAUUUUUCUGAUAACAAUAGCUGGCAUGAAGCUGUUACGUACCUCCUUCUGUAAUCCUGUUCCAUUUGUUACCUUGAGCUUCACUGUCAUCUUCUUCCAGUUUGACUACAAAAAUCUCUCAGAGAGUUUCCUCUUGGAUUUCUUCAUGGUGUCUAUUUUGUUUAGCAAGCUCGAAGACCUGCUUCACAAGCUACAGUUUGUCAUGACCUACGUGGCUCCCUGGCAGCUCGCUUGGGGCUCGUCCUUUCAUGUGUUUGCUCAGCUCUUUGCAAUACCUCACUCUGCUAUGCUUUUCUUCCAAACUGUUGCUACUUCCAUCUUUUCAACUCCAUUGAGUCCAUUCCUGGGAAGUGUCAUUUUCAUCACCUCCUAUGCCAGGCCUGUCAAGUUUUGGGAGAAGAACUACAACACAAGACGAGUGGACAACUCAAAUACAAGGCUGGCAGUCCAAAUUGAAAAAGAUCCAGGAAAUGAUGACAACAAUCUGAAUUCCAUCUUCUAUGAGCAUUUGACAAGAUCUCUUCAAGUAUCUCUUUGUGGAGAUUUGGUUCUUGGGCGCUGGGGUAAUUACAGCUCUGGAGACUGCUUUAUUUUGGCUUCAGAUUACCUCAAUGCCUUUGUCCACCUAAUUGAAAUUGGAAAUGGUCUUGUUACCUUUCAACUUCGAGGGUUGGAGUUUAGAGGGACAUACUGCCAGCAGAGAGAGGUGGAGGCAAUCAUGGAAGGUGAUGAGGAUGAUCGUAGCUGCUGCUGCUGUAAACCAGGUCACCUGCCCCAUCUGUUGUCCUGCAAUGCAGCUUUCAACCUACGUUGGCUGACUUGGGAAAUCACUCGAACUCAGUACAUCCUGGAAGGAUACAACAUCAUUGACAAUAAUGCAGCCACUAUGCUACAGGUCUUUGAUCUCCGAAGGAUCCUCAUUAGAUAUUACAUCAAGAGUAUAAUAUACUUUACGGUGAGCUCCCCUAAACUCCUGUCCUGGAUCAAAAAUGAAUCAAUCCUUAAGUCCCUGCAGCCUUUUGCCAAGUGGCACUACAUCGAACGUGACCUUGCAAUGUUCAGCAUCAACAUCGAUGACGAUUAUGUUCCAUGUCUUCAGGGGAUAACCAGAGCAAGCUACUGUAACGUGUAUCUGGAAUGGAUUCAGUACUGUGCACACAAAAGACGGGAGCGUUUGGACAGUGAUGAGGACUCUCCUUUGGUUACUCUUUCCUUUGCCUUGUGCAUCAUGGGAAGGCGAGCUCUGGGAACUGCCUCACACAACAUGGCCUUCAGCCUAGACUCCUUUCUGUAUGGUCUCCAUGCCCUGUUCAAAGGUGACUUUAGAAUAACAUCAAGAGAUGAAUGGGUGUUUGCUGACAUGGAUCUGCUGCAUAAAGUUGUCGCCCCAGCUAUAAGGAUGUCUUUAAAGCUUCAUCAGGACCAGUUCACGUGUCUAGAUGAAUAUGAGGAUCCUGUGGUCCUUUAUGAAGCCAUUCAAUCCUUUGAGAAAAAGGUGGUGAUUUGCCAUGAAGGAGAUCCUGCAUGGAGGAGUGCUGUCCUGUCCAACAAAGAGGAGCUUCUCACCCUGAGGCAUGUGGUAGAUGAAGGCACGGAUGAAUAUAAGGUUAUCAUGCUACACAAAAGCUACCUGAGCUUCAAGGUGAUCAAGGUUAACAAGGAAUGUGUCCGAGGACUCUGGGCCGGCCAACAGCAAGAGCUCAUAUUCCUACGUAACCGUAAUCCGGAGAGAGGCAGUAUCCAGAAUAAUAAGCAAGUCCUAAGGAACUUGAUCAAUUCCUCCUGUGAUCAGCCCCUAGGAUACCCCAUGUAUGUUUCUCCCUUAACCACAUCCUACCUGGGUACCCACAGCCAGAUGAGAAACGUUUGGGGUGGACCUAUCAGCUUGGACAACAUUAAGUCCUGGUUCCUAAACAAGUGGUUAAGAAUGCGCAAGGAUUGUAAUGCCAGCCAGCACAGUGGAGGCAACAUUGAAGAAGUGGACAGUGGAGGGGGCACGUCAGCAGGGAGCAGCAGCGGCUCAAGCAGUUCAAGUCAGGAAAACAGCAUAGAACAACCGAGGAAAGAAACCUCCCAGUUUCCGUUUUCUUCUCAAGGUGGUACAUACAGGCCAGGCAGAAGAAAAGGCCGGAGUCAGUCUGCUCAGGCACAUGCCACUUUCAUCCAAAGACCACCCAUUUCAAGUUUGUCUGGGCCGGUUUUAGAAAGCCAUCCAUCUUUGCUCCAGACUUCCACGUCGGUCCACGAAAUAGCCCAAAGGCUGUCCAGCAGUCAGCUCUCCUUGCACAAUUCCACCACAUCGCUGCACUCUCAGCCUCAUCCUAUUUCUACGAGCCACCUCAAUGUCCGAGAGAGAGCUGAGGCGCUAAUCAGAUCCAGCCUAGGCUCAUCCACCAGCUCUACCCUCAGUUUCUUGUUUGGCAAGAGAAGUUUUUCCAGUGCACUGGUUAUUUCUGGGCUCUCAGCUGCCGAUGGAGGAAAUACCAGUGAUACCCUGUCUUCCAGUAGUGUCAACAUUGCAAUGGGCCCCUCUGCUAGAGCCAUGAGCCAAACUACAAGGUUUUCUGAGCCUUGUGAAACGACAUAUGCCACGGAACAGGGUCGGCUUCCAGAUCAACAUCUUCCUCAGGCAAUGGCAGAAAGUCUUAGUGUGAUCUGUCGGAGGGCCAGCCAAGAGGACAUGGGCUUGGAUGACACGGCUUCUCAGCAAAGUCUAUCAGAAGAGUCAUGAGGAACCCAGGGGCUGCGGGGGACCCACUUUCAGAAGACUUGUCCUGUCACCUGCAGCUGGCUGGAGCGUAACGCCAAUUUUCACAAUCUCUAUCUUUGGAACUCCAGAUCUAGGAAGUUUAAAUCAAAAAGGAGCUGAUAGAGCCUACAUGAGGGCCUUAACAUGAACAAAUGAGACCUUCCCUAAAACACAAUGCACCUCUAUCUCAGGUUCUCAGAGACUUUUCACUUGAUGACUAAAACCUAUGUGCACCUACCCCAACAAUUCCCUGCUACCAGAGCUGCUGGUGUGGAUUUAUGGGAGGACUCAAGAAUUACAUUUCACAAUUGGAAUAAGAAACAAAAGCCAUUUAGUAUCAUAACAUAACCAGAAGCAGUGCGCACACACGGACUACUAUUUUCAGCCAUUACUAAAAGAAACUAAUUGCAUGUUAAAUAAUGGGCAAUUUUAUACAUAAUGCAUUACCAUGAAAAAGUCUGAAUCGUAGCAUUUAAUAUAUAAUGGGCUGUUACAAUAUGCUACAGUGAAAUCUAAGUUUUUAAGAAGAACCUCAUUUCUUUACCACAUUCCUGCUGGUGGUAAUUAAGUACACAAUAGUGACAUAUUUCAGGAAAUGCUAUAGUGCAUGCCGCUAUGUUUAAAGUAUUUUGUAAAAGAACUAGAAUGCAUAUUGAUGCAAGAUGAAUUAAGAAACCCAGUUUAAAACAGCAAAACAAAACCUGUGCAUGGAAAGCCAGAUUGGAUCACAUGAUGUUCCUAACUUGCAGUUAGAGUUCUUUCUAGAAAAAGGCUGUGUGUUCCUGUUUAGCUGACAGGAAUGCAUAUCUGUUUCUGAAGCCAAGAAAUCCUUAAUGUAUCACAGGACACAUGUCCACACUUUUUUUUUUUUUGUAAUUAAAAUGUUUACCAAGAUUGAUGCUCAGGUGUUUUGAUUUGCUAGAAUUGUUAUCCAUUGGAGGAGGGAGGAAAGGAGAGUGGGCUUUCUUUUGCUUUGAGAAUGGAAUUUUAAUAAGCUCUGUCUGGGCUACUAUGCUUGAGUCCAGACAUUAGUGAGCCCAUGCAAGACAUGUACAGCAGAAGCCUGGGUCCACAUUAAUAACAAGAAGGAGAAUGAGGAUGUAGCAGCUAGGCCAAUAAGAAUGAAGCCUUCUUUAUAUUAGAUGCUGAACUC